CCACAGUCGUGCUCUUGAGGGCGACAGAGACCUUGUUUUAUCUCCACAAUUACCCAGCUCGCCGUGAAACCUUUAACCCACCUGCUCACCUCGACACAUCGAUACCUGGCCGCCCGCAUUUGUUAACAAUGCGGGACUAAAACAAAACUGCAACAAUGGCAAAAUAACGUCGAGAACAUUUGUCACCAUUGCCUUGCGACAGUAUUUCAGAAAUUCACAGUCGGGAGCACAAUUUCUACAUAGUUAGUUAGGGAAUCUGAUAAUGUUGUUAUUUCUCACCAAUAUAGACUAAAAAAAAAUCAGAAAGUACACUCGUUUUGAAAAAAAAAUCUGAUUUAAAUUAUGGAGCGAUAUCAGAAUUGAUCACACUCAGUUCUACGUGCUGGUAAAUGACUUCUGGGCGAAGUGAUCUGCUAGUUUUAUUAGGACAGGGAUUAUAGUUUCACGGGUUUACUAGAGAGUUCCCGCGGGACCGUGAGACUGAAUUACGAACCCCACCCCCGUGACAUCCGUGGGAGAAUUGAGGCGGGGUGUAAAGAGGGCUGGGGAAAGGCGAGUGACACACUCCAGGGCCCCGGUGAACCAGGAAGGUGUCGCUCAAUUAAUUGAUCCACGGUGGAUAAGAAACGGAGAGGUGUGACGGCAGAGAGAUUUGCCACAGUACGUUUACUGACCAACCUACACACACAUACAUACAGACGGCAGAGAAAUUGGCCACGCUACUUGUCGCCACCGUAUCACAGUUGACAGAAGACCUGCACUUCGCUGUGACGGGACAAUUGGAAAUUGAUGGGCGAGAGGAAGGGGGCGACGUGAUAUUUCGCGCCAGCUGUCCUACCAUAAAACAAACAAACAAUCAAAAAAAAAAUCCAGAUCUACAUGGAUACAGAUUUCCAGGAGGUGAAUCGAUCUGUUCAAUCGGCUUUCCCAAGAGAGAGCGGAGGGGAACUACAGCGAGCAAGCAAACACACCAGAGAUGGACUGAGAUAGAAUGCAGCGAGAGACUGAGGCUUCUUUAACGUAAAGGUGGAUUAUAGGUAACUCUCAGGCGAGGAGGGACUGAAGAUGCAUCAUGCUGCUUCUUUCUUCUGUCUGGUAGAAAAUUCUAUGGGGAGUGGCUAAUGAACAUAAGAAUCCUACAGAAAUCUGAACAAAAGGCUAGCUAGGCAGGGAGCCCACAUCAAGUCGUGGGACCAGUGAAACAUUGUGAAGCUACUGGAACUGGAAGGAUGGUUAAAGGGACACUGAUACUUAUCAUAUGUGUGAUAACCCUUUGGGGAAAAUUGAUAUCAGCUGCAAACCCUCAUAAAGCUCACCAUGUUAAGAGCGGCACCUGUGAGGUAGUAGCUCUACACCGAUGCUGCAAUAAAAACAAAAUCGAGGAGCGGUCGCAGACAGUGAAGUGCUCCUGUUUACCGGGACAAGUGGCAGGAACAACACGCGCCGCUCCUUCUUGUGUGGAUGCCUCAAUAGUUUUACAGAAAUGGUGGUGCCAAAUGCAGCCAUGCCUUGAUGGAGAGGAAUGCAAAGUACUGCCAGAUCGUACUGGUUGGAGUUGUGCCUCUGGAAAUAAAGUAAAGACAACCAAGCUGCUGGUUGGAGAUUGGUAGGGGUUCCAGCCAGGUAAUGCUCCAUUUACACCACCUCGCUGGAACUCCGAUUCUCCUGCCCAGGAAAGACCUCCGCAGGUGGCAGUUCGGACAACAAUCUGAACUAAGUGAACUCCAGGUGACACGAUAGUUGACGAGGAAGGCCAGCUGCUUUUUGAAGAUACCUUAUCUCAAUUGUUGAGUCCUGUUCUUCUCUCAUCACCCUGUUGCAGGUUCCCAGGGAGGUUGACCUGGGAAUCACUCCCAUGAGCAAAGACUGUGUGGUAUGCAGAGCUCUCAAACUUUGGAGAGAGAAAACCAAUCCAUUAAGAAAUCUCCUGGGAUGUGGGAUCUGACGGACAGAUUUUCCCCAGUCUUCUGUUUCUUGAUGGGACACACAACGGAGGAGGACUCACUACUCCAGAUCUGUUGAGCUUUGCUGCCAUGUUCCGAAAUGUCGCUUACAACAAGCGGGCCUCUCUCACUCGGUUUUAAUAGUGUGGCCGCCUCAGACUUUGACACAUCUGAACAGAAGGCUCGUAUUUUGGUGUAGGAGCAAGCAAGUGGACAAACGGGGCAACAUGGUGAUGUCCUAAGUUUCCCUGCUAUCUGACUGUACGCCCCCACACUUCCCACGACUUUGUUGCAGCCUCCAGCUUCAAGUUGGGACAAUCUGCCAGACUUUUAAAUACUUCGAAUCGCAGGGAAGCUUUAGGUUUCAACGGUUCGGAUUUUUCUUUUGUUAUAGAGGCAAUUACAUUAUGGUAAAUGUGUAUAAACUGCAGUCUGCUAUUGAGAGUAAAUGCUUUUCCAUAUACAUGAAUUGUACAAAACAGAUAGUCCAACAACUUCUAAUGCAACUGCACUACAGCUGUUCUCUGGCAAAUGAACAAAUACAGUUCCAAACUAUUUUAAUAACGUCAGUGUACUGAAACAUGUGCUCUGUCACUAAAGUACAUCUUUUAAUUUGGUUUAAGUUGUUAAAUGGAGGUACCAUUCUGAAACUGUUAAAAGACUUUUUACAUUAUCCACAUAAUAUUAACAACCCAAAUCAUGCUUGUUGUAACAUCAGUUCUGCUUGUAUACAGUUAGUUUGCAAUUAUGUUUAUCAUUGCACCCUCAUCUUUAUUUGGAAUAUUCUGCGUUAUGAUUUGAUGUGACAAAAUCCUUAAAAGAUCUCAUUUAAUGGUGAAGAUUACAGUGUACGUUGCAAAAUGAAGAGAUUGACCACCCGGAUGAUGAAGAUGUGGAGCAGGUGUUAAACUCAGUGAUGCUGUAACAUGUAGCACAGUUUCUGAAACUUUUUUUACAUUUGGUUUUGUUUUUGGAAUUGUGUAAAUCUUUGCUUUCAGUGUAAGCAGUAAAUAAAAUACGUAGCAAAGA